AUGUCGUUCAACAUUGCUGCUUGUCGUGAACCAUCUCGUGGUAGCGUGAGUGUAGCACGUACGAUUACGCAAGAGCAACCAGACUUGGUCGCUCUGCAAGAAGUUGAUAGAUUUACACGUCGAUCAGGUACCGAAAUCGAUCAGUCAUCAGAACUUGCCCGUCACGCACAGUUUCCUCAUGUAUUUUACAUUCCUUCGAUGAACUUCGACGGAGGACAGUAUGGAAAUACUAUUCUGUCACAGCGUCCUUUCGACACGGUCGCUCUGGUACAGCUCGAUGGACGUGGUCAAGGUGAAACACGAUCGAUGGGGGUUGUUUCCGUAAAGAUAGACGCUAAUCAGCAAGUGUUCUUCGCUGUUAUACAUCUCGAACAUGAAAUCGUCAGUCUUCGAGAAAGGCAAGUGAAAGAUGCGAUUGAGUUCUAUCGAAAAAAUCACUUUCAAAACCAGCCAUUCAUUCUGGCUGGUGAUUUCAACGACGAACCAAAUAGUCAGACAGUUCAGUUUCUACUGACAGAAGGAGGCUUCCAAUUACCGCUUGAUCAAUGUCCAAAAACAUAUCCAGCUGAUAAUCCUGCAAUGACAAUUGAUUAUAUCUUUGCGAAUGAGAAAGCGGCGGAAAUGUUUGAAGUGAAGGCUUAUCGAACAUUGAACGUGAAUAUAUCAUCAGAUCAUGUACCAGUCAUUUUGGAACUGAAGAAGAAGUGA